AUGUCUCCCGAAAGCAUUGUGGCCCACAUGAACAAGUCCCACAAGCUGGCUCUUGAAGAUUACUUGUAUGCAUACGGAGACGUGCCGAUUACAGAUCAGAUUGCAAACGUGCGACUUGAAAAGAUCGAACUGACCCAUAUGACGCUCUCGUUUAAUCAUUUUGACGUCGAGUUCGAAAUCGAAAAGGUGGUUUUGUUCAACCCACCUCUCCAGAACUGGGCUGAAUCACGUCCCAGACUCGUGGACAUGGCCAAAGUCGCCGCCACUAAGCGUGGAUACUCGCAUGUUCAAAUCAACGAGUUGAGUCCACCCAACGGACUCGCAGGGUAUGGCUUCAUCGCACUGGUGUUUCUCCCGCUUAUGUGCUAUCUGUACCGCCCGCUGCUGAACUACGUGCCUUUUGUGGGGCCCUAUUUCGACAACAGCCGCUUGCUUGUUGGAAUCCAAUUUGCUGCGUUCAUAAUACACGUUGGCGAAUGUGUGUACCUUUUAAAGCCACGCCUUGACUUCUACCGGGUCCCUACCGAUUUCCUCAUCGAAUGGUACUUUUUUGGAUUCCUUGAGGGCUAUCCUGCAGUCAAAAGAUUCGACAAUUUGGCAAACGAGAGAACGCUGCAUUCAGAAUAA